GAUUUCUCCACCCUUCUCUGCUUUCUCCUCCUCCUCGCGCACAUACCUGCUGCUGCGUCUCGCGGCUGUGGAGUGCGCGCACUCACCGCGCAAUGGCCCCAGACUCAUCAACCACCCGCUUUCAAAUGGAUUACGAGACGAAGGUUUUCCCUCACACCGGCGGAUAUGGACGCUACAACCGAAUCGUGGUCGUCUUCAGCUGGUUCCCAAACUUCGCUGUCAUGCUUAACCUUUUUUGCGACGUUUUCUACACCCUGAUCCCGGACUCGUACCACUGCAAACCAGACCCGAACCUCCUUCCCUCAACUUUCCUCCUCAGCAACUUCACCGCUCAGGGAUACCUCAACCUCACCAUCCCCUGGGUGAGCGGAACCGGGCUCAGCCACUGUGAGCUGUUCAAGUACCCACCAAACACCUCGGACCUUUCGGAAAAUGUACCCAGGCAGAAGGUGUCCUGCACCAAAGGGUGGGAGUACACCCAUGUAGCGGGACUGCAGAGCAACUUUGUCACUGAGUGGAAUCUGGUGUGCAGUGACUACUGGAAAAUCCCUUUGCAGCACAUCUGCUUCAUGACAGGAUGGAUUGUGGGAUACAUCUUCCUUGGUACACUGUGUGACUGGUUGGGUCGUCGUCGAGUGUUCCUCCUCUCCCUCAGUCUGUCCAGUCUGUUAGGGGUGGCCGUCUGUUUGUCCAACAGUGCGGUGGUGUUUCUGCUGCUCCGUCUGUUUCACGGCACCAUGCUUGCUGGGGUCUUUUUGGCCUCCUACAUUGCCAGGUUGGAGCUGUGUGACCCUCCUCAUCGUCUCAUGGUUGCCAUGAUCAGUGGCUUCUUUGCCGUGUUCGCAGAGAUGCUGUUGCCGGGCAUCGCUGUUCUGUGCCGCGAUUGGCCAAUUCUGCAGGCUGUGGCCACUUUGCCUCUGCUCCUGCUGCUUUCCUAUUGGUGCUGUGCAUCAGUGUUUCCGGAGUCUCCUCGCUGGCUGCUUGCCACAGUUCAAAUCCCGCAAGUGAAGAGGAGCCUACAAGAGUUCUCCACCAGGAACGGUGUUUGUCUGCGAGAUGAAAUCUACCCUGGUGAAACUCUGCUGUCAGAGAUUGAUUCAGCAUACGGAGAAGACUGUCAGCCAAAGUACUUUUCAGUUCUGGAGCUGCGUCGGACUAAUGUUAUCUGGAAGAACUGUCUCAUCCUCAGCUUCACACUUUUCAUUGGAACAGGGAUCCAGUACUGUUUCACCAGAAACCUGCACAGUUAUUCAUCAAACUUCUACUUCAGCUACUUCCUCCGAGUGAUAACAGGAGCACUGGCCUGCAUCUUCAUCUGUGUGUCCGUCAAUCACUUUGGUCGGCGUGGUAUGCUGCUGCUCUCUGCCAUCAUAACUGGACUGUCAUCACUGCUUCUGCUCGCCCUUACUCAGUACCUGCGUGGAGGCCUGGUGUUGGUGCUCUCUGUUGUGGGUCUGCUGUUCUCUCAGGCUCUUGCCAUGCUCAGUGUGUUCUUUGCCUGCGAGGUGAUGCCGACCGUGGUACGAGGUGGUUGCCUCGGCCUGGUGCUGGCAUCAGGUUGUGUCGGCAUGGCAGCCUCCUCCCUGAUGGAGCUCCAGAACAAUGGCGGCUACUUCCUCCACCAUGUUAUCUUCGCCUCCUUCGCUGUCCUCUCUGUUCUCUGCAUAAUGCUCUUACCUGAAAGCAAACGCAAGCAGAUGCCAGACUCCCUGAAGGAAGGCGAGAGCCAGCGGCGGCCUCCUCUCUUCCUGUCCCGGCCUGACAGGGACAACCUGCCGUUACUGUGUGCCCGGCCUCCUUUGUCGGAGUACAACCCGGAUAACUAUUCCCGACUGGUCUCUGCCACCAGGAGGAUGUUGACUAAAGAUAAUCUGCCUUAUAGGAUUGCUGUGCCAACACACCCCCCUCUCCUGUCAGACAGUGAUACUCAGGAACAGGAGAAUGAGACACUGAGAGAGGUUGCAUCCUAGCUGUGUUUACCCCCCUCACCCUCAUCAAUACAGACUUGGAUUAUCCCUCUUUCUCCUUCAAGACAUACCUCUACAUUAAGACAGAAUGACCAUCCUUCCCUGACUUUUGUCUGAGUCACUGGCUUUUUAUAACUCAGCUGAAGAAAUGUCAUAAACCUGGAUUUUAAGAUUACAGCAAUUCUGUUACUUUCUGCAAGAAAUAUGUCUCCUCAUCUUGUUAUGAAGCUGUUACUAUGCUGUGGCAUUUUUCUCAACUGGAUCCAGAUAAUGCACUGAAAAACUAGAGGCCUUCAUUGCUUGCUUUUUUUCUGAGCCAAACCACUGUGAAGGCUACAAAAGUCAAUUUUGAAAUCCAACAUUUUUUGUAAUGGGUCUGUUUCUUAGUGGUAUAAUCCUUGCAAGAUUUAACACCUUUUUAACUCUGGCCUGGACAGAAAUGACUGGCAGACCGUGUGGAGCCAUCCAGACCAAUGUGUCAGACUCCAGUUUCACCAGUAGAGCACUGUGAACAGUGCUGCAGCUGUAGGUCAUGUGAGCAGCAUCCCUUUGUCCAUAUAUUAGUAACUCAUGCACUUUUCAUUAACUCUGUCGGUCUGAUUCAUUAGAUAUAUCUCUCAGAGCGGAGAAGAUCCAGAGGAACAAAGAACACCAGACACACACUGUCGAGUCUUGUGUUAUACUUGUGAUGUGUACUACUAGAGGGUGCCGAAAGAUGCACUGGUCGAUAUUUUUUGUGCCAUUACUUGACAUUUUAAAUUCAAUCGUCCACUAUUUGGCAAAAAUGUUGGAAUAUCUUCCCCACCCCACAAAAAAUGGCCGUGGAAAUACUGUAUGAAGCUUCUCCUCCAAAGCUGAAGGUAGCCCUCUUUUUGACUUGUAAAGAUUAUGAAGUGAUACAAAGUGAAAAAAUUUUCAAUCCUUCAGUAUUUAAAGGAACCAAACUGAACUGAAGGGCAUUAUUUUAUAUUGGUAUUUUAAUAACAUCUGUCAAACCUACAUUUUCUCUGCUUUCACAUGUUUUUCUGUAUCUAAUAGUUAAUGGUAAGCAGUGAAGAACAUUUUGUGAAGUAAAAACUGUCAGUGAACUGAUUGACUCAAGGUUGCCGUGUGUGUGAUGCGUGUGAUCUGCUUCCAUUGUGUUGUUUACAGUUUACAUUUACCUUCAAGAUGCUUUUGUAUUUAGUGAAGUCAAAUUACGUUUAUUUAUAUAGCACAUUUCAGCAACAAGGCAAUUCAAGUGCUUCAACACCAUAUCAAAAGCAUCAUGACAAAUAGAAAAACAAACAUUAGAAUCUAACAUUUGAAAAUCCCUAAACAACCCUUUAACCAUCACAGAAAAGAUUAAAUAUGAAAAGAUUAAAUCAAAUUCAAAAAUAAAAAUACAAAAGAAAUAUAAAAACGUGACAUUAAGCGGGGAAAAAAGACAUUGAAAUAAAAAAACCAUCAGAUUUGUAAUGGUGAUGUUAUCUGCUCUGCACACCUUUCAAUGUUAUAUUGCUCUGGAGUCCCCGACUACAGAGACUUAUCUUCCCAAUUUACACAGAUUCACCUGCUGGUCUUACCUAAUUGAGAUUGAUUUAGGCUCACACUGAUCCUCUAGUUAGACAAUCAAAAGUGUAUAGCAUUCUUACAUGUUGGAACUCUAUCACUGUGUGUUUGACCAUCGUUGUCCUCGUCAAUUGUAAAAAAAAACAA